AUGAGAAGAAGCUUUGAACUUGCAAUCGAGAUGUGUUGGAGCAAAGAAAUUCUUUUCAUGAAAUGGAACUUUUUAAAGAUAUCUAAGCAGAAAGACGAAUGGAAGGAUAAGAAGAAAGAACAGAAGAAAAAGAAGCCCCACGACGAGAGGAAAAAUGUGUUCGCCAUUUAUCAUGUCUACAGUCGAAAUUUUGUUAUAGCUGAAGCUACGAGGCCUAACAUUAGCUCAAUCAUCAUCACAUUUACCGCACAUUAA